UGCUAAAACCAGCUGUUUUUCGCCCGAACGGAUUUAGAUUUCUCAAAAUGACCGAAAAGGAUGUUUUGGCACUGCCUUUGGUAGACAUAGACGGCGCAGGUAUUUUCAAAUACGUUCUAAUAAAAAUCACUGGCAGCGAGGAUUCACGUGAAGUUGAAAAGAAUGUUGUUCGUGGAUAUGCCGAUUGUCAAUGGCAUUCGGAUAUCUAUGAUCGUGUAAUGGAGGUGUGUAAGGAAAAGGGCCUGGACACUCAAUGCCUGGGUGGAGGACGCAUUGAACACAAUCCAGAUAAAAAGUACCUCAAGGUCUAUGGAUAUUCACAGGGCUUUGGGAAAGCUGAUCACAUGGAAUCAAAAAGAAUCUUGCAAACCAAGUAUUCGGACUACGAAAUCGAAACAACCGAUGAGGGAUAUUAGUUGCACUCGAUAUUAUUAUUUGAGCAUACGUCAACUUAAUUUAUAAAUUAAAUAUGUAUCACUUAUG